CCUGGAAACUGAGCCGUAGCUGAGGACUAGCGCUUCCUUUCCCGCAGCAUGGAGAGGGGAGCAGCAGCAGCGGGCAGGUACUGGACUGAGGACGAGAUCCGCGCCCUGAUCAGUGUGUGGUCAGAGAGGAGCAUUAGGAAGCAGCUGCAGGGCACCCUGAGGAAUAAGGGGCUGUUCAUGUACAUAGCCAGGAGGAUGCAGCAGCUAGGGGUGUACAGGGACUGGAAGCAAUGCCGGGCAAAGUAUAAGAACCUGAAGUACGAGUACAGAGCCAUGCACUGCGGCCACAGCACUGGGGACAUGAACAAGCUGCGCUUCUAUGGCGAGCUGCAUGCCAUACUGGGGAGCUCGGAGGCAGCAGCAGGAGAUGAGGCCAGCAAUGCAGAGCCCGGGGCGUCCUAUGUGGACCCGAGCGGUGAUGUCACGGCCAUGGAGGAAGCUAUGUUAGGUCAUCAGAAACAUGGAGGUACUACUAAUCCUCUGCUUAUCCCACCUGUGUGUAACGAGGGAGGCAAACACUGGACUACCAGGGAAACCCGAGCGCUCAUUAACAUUUGGUCUGAUAAGAACAUUAGAGGGCAGCUGAAAGGAACCGUCCGGAACCAGAGGAUAUUUGAACACAUUGCCAGGCUUCUGCAACAGUCUGGUAUAGACAGAGACUGGAGGCAGUGCAGGACUAAGUAUAAGAACCUCAAGCAUGAGUAUGUCGUUGUGAAGAAAGCUCAUGAGUCAGGAAACAAGAGUAAGACCAUGAAAUAUUUCAAUGAGCUGGAGACUAUUCUAUCCAGCAAACCAGCCGGGCACAGAAAGACUCACACUGAUAAACCGUCACACCUGUCAUGCACAAGGGCUGCUCCUUCUGAGGUUCCUGCAGACUGUCCAGCAGGUGACCGAUCUAUGAGAUUGCAUUCAGCCGCAGAGAAGCCUCAGCUUGUUAGGCGAUGGGUAGCCUUACCAGCUCCAAAGAGAAUGACCACGGUUACUGAAGGAGGAAGACACUGGACAAAUGCGGAGAUCAAAGCACUGCUAACCGUUUGGGCUGACGGAAACAUCAGAAAAUCGCUGGCAGGAACUGUGAGAAAUCGGAAAAUAUUUGAGCACAUUGCCAGCUUGCUGCAGAAAUUAGGGGUAGACCGAGACUGGAGGCAGUGCAGGACCAAGUACAAAAACCUAAAACAUGAGUACAUUGUCACUAAGAAGGCCUUGGAGUCCGGCUGCACAAACAGAACUAUGAAGUUCUUCAACAUGUUGGAUGAGAUUUUACGAAACAAGGACUCUGAGCUGCCAACACUACCAGAAGCUGUGGAUUUAGGGUCUUCAGUGCCCAGGACACACCUCAGAAACGUGUCACAUGUCACAGAGUGUUGUACGACUGUACUUGCAAAGUCACCUGUGAGUAAUGAAGAAGCCAGAACUCUGUCUGAAGGUAUUGGUAAUCUCUCCAAAGUCCCAGAUGAAAAUAUUUCAUCUCCGAAAACUCCAAACAUAAAGCAAGAACCUAUUUUCAGUGACCACCCUUCUGACUCGGAGGGAGCUGAACAGCCCUUGUCUUCCAGAGAAAAUGUGACCAUGACCGUUGUAAAAGAAGAAACGUCACAAGUAGGUACAGAACUAGAGGAUGAGGCUGACAAGGACUUCAGAAUAGUGACAGUAAAUGACACAGGAGGGGGCAGAAAUUGGAGUGAUCACGAAGUUAGAUCUCUCCUGCACGUGUGGUCAGAGGAGCGCAUCUCCCGGCAACUGGAGGGUACAUUCAGGAACAAAGAGCUGUUUGAGGAGAUCGCUCACAAACUGUUGGAGUGUGGGAUUAAUAGAGACUGGAAGCAGUGCAGGACUAAGUACAAAAACCUAAAAUAUGAAUAUUACAGUGUUAAAAAAGACGAGACUCUGCAUGCACUGAGAAAGAGCAUGAAAUUCUAUGAGGAGAUUGAUCAUUUAAUACAGCGACUACCAAAGGCUUCUGAGGUGACUGCAGAUAGUGUUCAUAUUGAAGGAUUUACGUGCAGAGGAAUCUGUGAAGAACCCAACACGAUUACUACACAACAAGGCCUCAUAGCUGAAGAACGCACGGUUGAAAUGAACAAACUUGUCAUUGGACUAAAGAGAAAAUCUUCCCCAAAUGAACCCAAUACUCCAGAUAAAAAGAAACCCACAAGGAUUCCUAUUCCUGAGGCUUCCAUUAUUAAUAUGAGUGAGAGCUAUGCUACCGGAAGAUUGUCUAGUCCGCACAGUGGAAGUCAGAGCGCUAGUAAAGAGCAAGCACCAGGAGAAGCAAGAUUCCAUGACCAGGGUGACAGCUGCGUCAGCAUCAUGGAAUCCAGUGCGGAACUAAGGGUUGGCAAGAAGCUGAAUGAAGGUAAAACUAAAGAGGUGUAUGAGCUGCCGGAGCACCCUGGCUGUGUUCUCAUGCAGUCUAAAGACCAGAUCACGGCAGGUAAUGCAGCCAGGAAGGACCACAUGGAGGGGAAAGCCUCAAUCUCCAACAAGACCACUAGUUGCAUCUUUAAGAUGCUGCAAGAAGCUGGCAUAAAGACAGCGUUUGUGAAGAAAUGCAGUGAGACUGGAUUCAUCGCCACACACUGUGAGAUGAUCCCCAUUGAAUGGGUGUGCAGGAGAAUAGCCACUGGCUCCUUCCUAAAGAGAAAUCCUGGGGUCAAGGAAGGAUACAGGUUUUAUCCCCCCAAAGUGGAAACCUUUUUCAAGGAUGAUGCUAAUAAUGACCCUCAGUGGUCUGAAGAACAACUAAUUGCUACCAAACUGACUUGUGCUGGCCUUCUGAUUGGCCAGGCGGAGGUGGACAUCAUGAGUCAUUCCACAGUGGCCAUCUUUGAGAUUCUGGAAAAAGCAUGGUCGACUCAGGAUUGCACACUAGUAGACAUGAAGAUAGAAUUUGGUGUGGACGUGACCAAGAAAGAAAUUGUCCUUGCUGAUGUGAUAGAUAAUGACUCCUGGCGCCUGUGGCCAUCGGGAGAUAAGACCCAGCAGAAAGAUAAGCAGACAUACCGAGAUCUAAAGGAAAUUACACCAGAAGCUAUGCAGAUGGUGAAAAGAAACUUUGAAUGGGUUGCUGACAGAGUGGAGCUGUUACUGACCAGUGAGAGCCAAGGAAGGGUUGUAGUGUUGAUGGGCUCCAUUUCCGAUCUGGUACAUUGUGAAAAAAUCAAAAAGUCCUCUUCAAACUAUGGAAUACCGUGUGAGCUUCGGGUUACAUCUGCCCAUAAAGGCCCUGAUGAAACCCUGAGGAUUAAGUCUGAGUAUGAAGGAGAUGGCAUUCCAACAGUGUUUGUUGCAGUUGCUGGCAGAAGCAAUGGCUUGGGUCCCGUGCUCUCUGGAAACACUGCGUAUCCAGUUAUUAACUGUCCUCCUCUUACUGCAGACUGGGGGGCACAGGAUGUCUGGUCUUCCCUAAGGAUGCCCAGUGGUCUCGGCUGUUCCACGGUCCUGUCUCCGGAAGCUGCGGCUCAGUUUGCUGCUCAGAUAUUUGGGUUGAACAAUCACCUGGUGUGGUCCAAGCUGCGUUCGUGCACACUGAACACGUGGAUUUCUCUAAAGCAAGCAGAUGUGAAGCUGAGAGAGUGCAGCAUGUAACACUCUAGACUAUGUCCUCCUCACUGCAGAACAAUAAACUUCAUUUUCUAGAA